ACUGACAAUGGCUACUAACGUAAACGGGACAUCGACAGAAGAUACAAAGAGAGCAGAAGAGUUUCUGAAAAAGAAACUAUCUUUCAGAGGGAAUGCUUUCCUGAUUAUCCAUGAAAUGGUGAAACUGAAUGCAACACACCCUACACUGCUUAUGGAUGAGUUUCUUCACAGCAUCUUCUUUUUGGGAAAGUUAAACGAUCCAAAAUUUAUUCCAGAAUCUCUUGUGAGUAAUGAUAAAGAGAUCAGCAAAAUGUUGAAGGACUUCCCUCGGCCUUUUGCCCUCUAUUCCUCUCAUCUACCCAAGCGGAGUCCAUUCUCAUGUGUGCUGGACAUGAUUGUCCACCUGUAUGGAGAAAAUGACGAAAAGGAAAUAAGAAAAAGGCUGCAAGACUUCGUCAGUGAACUGAAGAAAGGUGGAUCAAAUGGCCUGUUCUCCUCCACCAUCUGUGUCUCUCAAAGCGACAUCCCAAAAGGUACUAGGUACUACGGAGUCUCCAUGUCCACUUCAGGCUGUAAUCCCAGGAGAAUCAUGAUUGCCGCGUCCUGUCUUAGCAGCUGGGACAGUAAGGUGGCUGAUGCAGUGAUGACCUACUAUCCAAAUAAGACCAAGAACCCGGAUUUUGAUGGAACCAUCAAACUUCCACAGCAUGUCAGGUGCCAGGCGUAUGACAUCUGUCCAAUAAAAGAAAAGCCUCCUUGCAAAUCCUGUGGGAAUUUGUUUGGUUUGGGAACAAGUGAAAAAAAAGAGUGGCCCUAUGGCAACUGUGCCGAAGCUGAAAGUUUGAGCAACUUACUUAAAGAUGAUGAAAGGGUUAGAGAGCAAGUACAACCAACAUCUGAGACGUGCACAGAUAAGAACAGGGAGAAGGUUAAAAAGAGUGUCUUGACAGAACUUAAACGUUUGCUGGGUAAGAAAUCUAAAUGGAAAAAUACGAAUUUCUACGACCCAAGAGUUUGAUCUUAAAAGGGGUUAAACAUAUUGAGUACAAUUCUUGUGGUGAUUUAUUAUAAAGUGACCAGAUUGAUCUAUUUUGAUAUGAUUCUUUAUCAGUAAAAACUUCACUGUAACCCUCUAGGCACUGAAAUUUGAACUUUUUUUUGUGGAUAUCAAAUUCAUGUGAUGUAUUGAU